AUGACGUCUUCGUCGGUGAGGUGGUCGAAGACGGAGACCAGUCGUUUGAACACGGAGGAGCAUGACUUCAAAACUAACUUCCGUCGGUCAAAGAAUCACCAAAAGUUUGAUCUGUUCCAUGCCAACGUUAGCGAGGCUCCGAUCCUUCCGGCGAACGUUUCCCCGUAUAAUUUCAAUUGGAGAGGAUAUAGUGCAGUCACCAAUGAUGUUCAGAAUCAGGAUCCUGGAAAUUCAGUGAUGAUUGUGUGUGAUGAAAAGCUGAAGGAAGUAUUUGGAUAUGAGAGCAUUUCAACAAUGGGAAUACCAAAGUUGUUGGUUAGACACCAUUUACUCGAGCAAUAG